AUGCGUACUGAUAAACAGUCCAGCCGUCGGGAAGUCAUAUUCCCACAGCCGUUGGAGCACAAAUGUACUAAAGGGACGUAUACUGACCUUUUGGCAAGGGGGUCGACUCAAUCUGUAAACAUGAUAUCCGGUGCAGUUAUCUGCUUGGUCACAUUUUUUGCCUAUAUAGCUUGGCGUAACACCCGGCGGUACACUCUGAAAGACAUCCAAGGACCUCCUUCGCACUCAUUCUGGCUAGGUAGCGAGAAAGUACAUCGACACGCCAAACAAGUGGGGGAACUGGAAUUUCAAUGGGCUCGCGAAUAUGGUCUAACUUGGAUGGUUAAGGGAUGUUUGGGGGAGGAAGUUCUCUGGACCGCUGACCCCCGUGCCCUGCAAUAUGUCUUUCAUACAUCUGGUUAUAGAUUUUCAAAGAGAACCGUCGCCACUGAAACGACGCGCCUCUUUACAGGGGAGAGUAUUUUGACUGCAGAGGCCGUUGAUCACCAAAGGCACAGAAAGAUCAUGAAUCCUGCUUUUGGUGCUGCUCAACUUCGAACAUUUUUGCCUGUUUUCCGCCGUUCGGCAGCUCGGCUCUCACAGAAGUGGAAAGACAUGAUCCAGUUAGGAGAAAACUCUGAUGGAUGCACAAUGAAUGUCAGCGAGACUUUGUCCAGAAUGACCUUAGAUGUCAUUGGCGAAGUCGCUUUCGACCACCGCUUUGGAGUUCUUAACGACAAUGGAGUAGACAACGAGUUGGUGCAGGCGUUCAACAAUCUCUUCAUUGAUACGCUAUUGAACCCAUCUUCAUGGGAUCUCAUUUUUAAGUCAACCUGGAGAUUCUUUCCUGGACCAGUUUUGAGGUGCUUGAAGUAUUUGCCUUACAAAGAGUACCGCCGUUUCUCGACAUAUCUGCAAACUGCCAUUCAAACAGGAAAUACCAUCAUCAACGAAAAGGCGGCUAGUACAGAAAAGGGCAGCAAGGACAUCAUCAGCAUCCUUGUACAAUCCAAUCAUAUGGAGGACGCACGAGCUCAGCUGAGUGAAAGAGAGAUACUGUCGCAGAUAGCCACCUUGCUGGUCGCGGGUCAUGAUACUACCGCCUCAUCUCUCACAUGGCUGCUAUACGAGCUCUCAAAGCACCCGGAGGAUCAGCGGCGCAUCCGUGACGAGAUUAAAACAGCAAGAUUAAAUGUGGAAGCUCGCGGCGAUGAUGAUUUGCUGCCCAGUGAUUUUAAUAAUAUGGAUUUCACCAAUGCAGUUAUUAAAGAGGGACUCAGAUUGCAUCCCAUAGUUCCUACAUUGGUCCGGGAAGCAGAUUCAGACGAUGUUAUACCACUUUCUCAGCCAAUUAAGACUAGGUCAGGCAAAAUUAUUAAUGAAAUAGCCAUCUCGAAAGGCCAAGGCAUCACAGCAUCCAUUUGCACUUAUAACAGGCUGCAAAGCAUUUGGGGAGAAGAUGCGGACGAGUGGAACCCAAACCGUUUCCUGGACAAUGGCAGGGAAAAGUCAUCGUUGGGAGUUUUUGCCAAUCUUCCGGCACUCAGAAUGACUUUCUCGGCUGGUCUCCGUGCUUGCAUCGGCUGGCGUUUUGCAGUUCUUGAGAUGCAAGCUGUGCUCGUGGAGCUUGUCGAAAAUUUCGAGUACCGAUUCCCCGAAGGUGUCGAGAUCAUUCGAUUGAAUGCUGGACUCAUGGCCCCUAUGGUUGAGGGCAAGAUGCAUGAAGGUGUUCAGAUGCCUUUAGAAGUCAGUAUCAUUGCAUAG